AUGAAGUCGAGCAGUGCUGCGGGCUGGUUCAAGUGCCUUGUGUUUGUCUCUGUAUGUCAAACCUGUCUUUGUGCUAAUGGAAAAUUCGCUCAGAAGCUUCUUAAAGAUUUGUUCGACAACUACAGCAGUGCCCUUCGGCCGGUGGAGGACACGGACAGGGUGAUGAACGUGACGCUGCAGGUGACCCUCUCCCAGAUCAUCGACAUGGAUGAGAGGAACCAAAUUCUCACUGCAUACUUGUGGAUCCGUCGAGUGUGGGAAGAUGCUCACCUCAGAUGGGACAAAGAUGAGUAUGAUGGGCUCGAUACCAUCCGUAUACCUAGUAGUUAUGUAUGGAGACCUGAUAUAGUCCUAUAUAACAAUGCUGACGACCACUUCAUCGGCCCCAUGGACACCAACGUGGUCAUCCAGCAUGACGGCCAGAUCACAUGGGACUCUCCGGCCAUCACCAAAAGCUCCUGUAAGGUGGACGUGUCCUUCUUCCCAUUUGACGCUCAGCAGUGUCGCUUUACCUACGGCUCCUGGACCUACAACGGCAACCAGCUGGACCUGGUCAACGGCAUGGAUAGCGCAGACCUGGCAGACUUGGUAGAAAACGUGGAGUGGGAAGUUCUGGGAAUGCCUUGUAAAAAGAACGUGAUAGUAUACGGCUGUUGUGCAGAGCCGUACCCAGAUAUCACCUACACCCUGAAACUCAAGAGAAGAGCCUCGUUCUACGUCUUCAACCUGCUCAUCCCCUGUGUUAUGAUCUCCUUCCUGGCUCCGCUGGGCUUCUACCUCCCGGCCGACUCCGGAGAGAAGGUAUCUUUGGGGGUCACGGUCAUGUUGGCGCUCACUGUCUUCCAGCUGUUGGUCGCAGAGAUCAUGCCGCCGUCAGAGAACGUGCCUCUCAUUGGAAAGUACUACAUCGCAACCAUGACGAUGAUCACAGCCUCCACUGCUCUGACCAUCUUCAUCAUGAACAUCCACCACUGUGGCCCCGAUGCCAAGCCCGUCCCCAAAUGGGCCAAGACGGUCAUCCUGCAGUACUUAGCCCGCAUGUGCUUUGUCUACGAGGUUGGCGAGAACUGCAUGUCUCCUCAACCCGAAAAACCAGACAUUCCCCCCGUCAAAAACAAUAACUGCACUCCCAACGGCCAGGCCCCACCAGGCUGCGAGGACGACAUCAUCAGAGUCGAGAGGUGUCCGGAGCAGCCCGAGGAGCCCGAGGAAGCUUACCACGUGCGGAGUCCGCUGAGCUCUGUGGGGAUAAAACCCACCAAUAACUUCAGCGCCUGGAGGAACGGCGUCUUCAUGAGCAUGGACUGUGGAGACCUGGAGCCGCAGAGGUGCAGGAAGGGAGGGGUGAGCGACGGGGAGAAACAGGAAGCCUGCUGCAGUGGCCAGUGUGCGGACAACCAGCUGCUGAGGAACAUAGAGUACAUGGCCAACUGUUACCGUGACCAGAGAGCCACGCAGAGGCGCACUGGCGAGUGGAAGAAGGUGGCCAAAGUAUUGGACCGCUUCUUCAUGUGGCUCUUCUUCAUCAUGGUCUUCCUCAUGAGCCUGCUGAUCAUGGGGAAGGUCAUCUGA